AUGAGCACUCAAGGAGAAAUGGAGGAGAGGCUAUUACGUGUAGGAUUAGAUGCUAAAGGUCAGAGCAAUAAUAGUAGAGAGAGUCUCUAUUUGAGAACGAAGGUUUGGAGUGAAGUGAGGAAAAUGUGGAGAAUAGCAUUACCUUCGUCUUUGUUCCGAAUUACUUCGUUUGGGAGCAUCAUUGUGGCUCAAGCCUUCAUAGGUCACUCCUCUGAGCUGGGCCUAGCCGCUUAUGCUCUCCUCCAAAGCACAUUCGUCCGCUUUCUCUACGGUCUAAUGGGUGGUAUGUCAAGUGCGACGGAGACGUUGUGCGGGCAAGCAUAUGGUGCAGAACAAUACCACACAAUGGGGAUAUAUCUACAACGUUCAUGGAUCGUUGACAUAGCCGUGACCACUUUGUUCCUACCUUUUAUUAUUUUUGCGGGUCCCAUUCUCCGUCUAUUAGGCCAAAACGUUGAGAUCACAAGAACCGUGGAUGAGAUAUAUCCUUGGAUCGUCCCUUAUGUUUAUAGCUUAAUUUUCACAAUGACUAUGCAAAUGUACCUCCAAGCACAAAUGAGGAACGCUGUCGUAGGCGUUCUCUCUACCUUGUCCUUAGCUCUUGACCUCUUGGUCACGUGGUGGUGUGUGAGUGUUAUGGGGAUGGGGAUUGGUGGUGCGCUCCUCGGGCUUAACGUGAGUUCGUGGGCUGUGGUAUUGGCCGAGUUUGUGUACGUUUUUGGAGGAUGGUGUCGGUUCACUUGGACCGGGUUUAGCACUGCGGCUUUUGUUGACCUAAUUCCUAUGCUUAAGCUAUCCAUUUCUUCAGGCCUCAUGAUUUGCUUAGAGUAUUGGUACAUGAGCAUACUUGUCUUAAUGGCUGGUUAUACAAAAGAUGCGAAUACCGCAAUCUCUGCUUUCUCAAUAUGCCAAUACAUAUAUACAUGGGAACUCAACAUAUGUCUUGGAUUCUUGGGUGCGGCUUGCGUACGAGUGGCUAACGAGCUGGGGAAAGGAGAUGCAGCCGCAGUAAGAUUCUCGAUAAAAGUGAUACUCACAGUAUCAACAGUGAUGGGAGUGUUGUUCUCGAUUCUAUGUCUAGCAUUCUGCGGUCAGAUUUCGUAUUUGUUCUCAAAUAGCAAAGAGGUUUCGGAGGCAGUGGAUGAUCUAUCGAUGAUCCUUGCCGUAUCAAUCUUACUCAACAGCAUUCAACCUAUACUCUCAGGGGUGGCAGUUGGAGCAGGAAUGCAAAGUAUAGUGGCAGUUGUGAACUUAGCUUCAUAUUAUGCAGUUGGUAUUCCUUUGGGUCUCAUCUUAACUUAUGUUUUCCAUCUUGGUGUUAAGGGACUAUGGUCAGGAAUGUUGGCUGGAAUUGCACUCCAAACAGUGGUGUUGUGUUAUAUCAUUUACAAAACUGACUGGGAACUAGAGGUUAAAAAGACAAGCGAACGUAUGAAAGUGUGGAGCCUGAAACCAUCCCAUGAAGAGUCGAAUCCUAUACGAGAGGAUGAUGAGAGCAAGUGA